GAGUUAGGGGGGGGACGGUCACUGGCCUCCUGAGGUGCAGAGCCUCCUCUCCGCUGCAGGACCACCGUCCUGAGUGGCUGUUUGUUCAGCGGGGCAUGAAGCCUUGGCUGCCACAGCAUUCCGCACACCCCUAACACUGCCUGAAGGUGAUCGUCAGAGGGUUGCACAGUAGUGAAGAAGACAUCUGGUGAGUGUGAGACACCCAGCAGCCAUCCCCGUGUGUCAGGAGGACUGAGCAGAACCCAGAGCCCCAUCACGGUGCCUCCACCUCACUCACUGAUACAUGAGAGGCACAGUGACCAGAAGAUCCUGGAACUCACCAACUAGAUCAUUCACUGUUGACUGGAGAGGAGGAGGAGUGUAUAGAGGAACACAGGGGUCUGUACAAGGACGUGAUGAUGGAGAAUCACCGGCCCCUCACAUCACUGGAUGGGCCCAGUAACAGAGAUACCCCAGAGAGAUGUCCCCGUCCUCUGUAUUCCCAGGAUUGUACAGAGGAGAAUCACAGGAUCCCACAGGAGGAUCAGGUAGAACGUCUGUCUGAUUUUAAAACAGAAUAUAUAGAGGUAGAAGAAGAGACGUAUGUGACUGAUAUAAAGGCAGAAGAUAUAGAGGGAGAAGAAGAGACAUAUGUGACUGAUAUAAAGGCAGAAGAUAUAGAGGGAGAAGAAGAGACGUAUGUGACUGAUAUAAAGGCAGAAUAUAUAGAGGGAGAAGAAGAGAAGUAUGUGACUGCUAUAAAGGCAGAAGAUAUAGAGGAAGAAGAAGAGACGUAUGUGACUGAUAUAAAGGCAGAAGAGGAAAUCCCUACAGAUAUUAGCACAGCAGAUGGACACACAAGCAGGAAUAUCUCAGAAGGACAUCUAAUGUUAUCCCCGGAUUGUGACAUAAAAGAUAAUGACAGUAGACAGGAUUCUCCAGGAGAUAACCUCAUUACCCCAAUUAUACAUCCAGCUCUAUCAGCUGAUCCCCCUGAUCCUGGGAAAUGUUCUCCUGAUCACUCUGAUAUUGGUGCAUCUGUUACAGCUCUGAGAGUAGAUGCAGUGUUUCCCUGUUCUGUAGAUGCCAAGUGUUUUACACAGAACACAAAGUGUAUUACCCAUCAGCCAGCUAAGGCAGGUGAGAGGCCACUGAUAUGUUCUGAGUGUGGGAAAUGUUUUAUAUGUAAGUCACGUCUUGUUAGACAUGAGAGAAGUCACACAGGUGAAAAACCAUUUCCAUGUUCUGAGUGUGGGAAAUGUUUUAUAGAUAAGUCACAACUUGUUAGACAUGUGAAAGGCCAUACAGGUGAUAGGCCAUUUCCAUGUUCUGAGUGUGGGAAAUGUUUUAUAUGUAAGUCACGUCUUGUUAGACAUGAGAGAAGUCACACAGGUGAAAAACCAUUUCCAUGUUCUGAGUGUGGGAAAUGUUUUAUAGAUAAGUCACAUCUUGUUAGACAUGAGAGAAGUCACACAGGUGAAAAACUAUUUCCAUGUUCUGAGUGUGGGAAAUGUUUUGUACAGAAAUCAGAUCUUGUUAUACAUGAGAGAAGUCACACAGGUGAGAAACCAUUUCCAUGUUCUGAGUGUGGGAAAUGUUUUAUACAAAAAUCAGAUCUUUUUAAACAUGAGAGAUGUCAUAGAGGUGAAAAACCAUUUCCAUGUUCUGAGUGUGGGAAAUGUUUUAUAGAUAAGUCACAACUUGUUAUACAUCAGAGAAGUCACACAGGUGAGAAACCAUUUCCAUGUUCUGAGUGUGGGAAAUGUUUUACACAGAAAUCACAUCUUGUUAGACAUGAGAGAAGUCACACGUAUUCUGAGUUUGAGAAGUAAAUCAGCUUUGUUUCACAUAAUAGACAUCACACAGUUGAGGAACCUUUGUUAUCUCAACAUCACCAUGCCAUGCAAUGUUCCUCAAGGUCCUGCCCUAUCUCCUAUGCUUUUUGCAAUAUACAUGCUGCUACUGAGUGAAACAAUCAGAUGUCAUGCCCUGGUCUACCACUGCUAUGCCGAUGACCUCUCUAUUGCUCUGUGUACUCGGAAACCAAUACCAAUCCUAAGUGGCUGUCUAGCUGAGCUCCAGGUGUGGGUGAUACCAGUUGGCUGUGACUCAGUUGUGGUGAAACGUCCUUAUGAUAGAGUCUCACCUACAAAGGACAGGGCUACAGUGUUACCAACCAACAUGGGGGAAGCUUUCUGUCUGACCUCUCAUUACACAACGUAUCCUGAUCCCGGCUCUAUGUGACCUCUCACAUCUAUCACUUGUGUCACAUUACAUCUUAUACCUGUAGUUUUAUGUUUCUGUUGUUUCCCUGUUACCUGUUCUGUAAGAUCACCUGCUCUCAUUGUGUGGAUGGGGGAGGGGGGUCACUUUCUUGCAGGAGUAGUAGUUUCUGGAACUGGAUCACCCAGAGGAGUGUGGGAGUACCAGUCUGGGGUGAUGGAGUGUGGGAGUACCAGCCUGGAGGUGACCGGAGUGUGGGAGUACCAGCCUGGAGGUGAUGGAGUAUGAGAGUACCAGCCUGGAGGUGACGGAGUGUGGGAGUACUAGCCUGGGGUGACGGAGUGUGGGAGUACCAGCCUGGAGGUGACGGAGUGUGGGAGUACCAGCCUGGAGGUGACGGAGUGUGGGAGUACCAGCCUGGAGGUGACCGGAGUGUGGGAGUACCAGCCUGGAGGUGACGGUGUGGGAGUACCAGCCUGGAGGUGACGGAGUGUGGGAGUACUAGCCUGGGGUGACGGAGUGUGGGAGUACCAGCCUGGAGGUGACGGAGUGUGGGAGUACCAUCCUGGGGUGACAGGGGUAAGUGCCUAUUACCUAAUGAUAGGGAUACGGUCUGACUGUCACGUUCCUGGUACACACCUCCGCUCUGCCUAAUAAUGAGUGACACUUUACAUAUGGGCAGGUGUGCCAGUGUCGCCCCACGUCUGUAUCUCACAGGCUGUCACAUAAGCCCCUAUAUCUGUUGUAGAUGCAGUAAUCAGCCUGGGGCAUAAUUAUAUAUAUAUAUAUAUAUAUAUAUAUAUAUCUGCUCUGUGUGUGACACCCGGCCUAUACACAUAGAAACACUCUCUAAUGUCUUACUAUCCUUCUGAAGAUAUGGCCUCCAGAACUGGACACAGUAUUAUGGAUUAGCGCUUACCAAUGACCCAUACAGUGUCAUUCUGCUGCUGAUUCCUCUCCCAAUGCAGCCAUGCAUCUGACUAGCUUUCCUCCAUUGCUGUGUUACAUUGCUUACCUGCCUUUAUAUCACCUGACAUAGUGACUCCUAGAUCCCUUUCCCCCUCAGUAGUUCCCAGUAUAGAGCCAUUAAUAAUAUAUUUAUUAUUUGGAUAUUUGAGAACCAAGUGCAUGAUUUAGCAUUUUUCGGUAUGUAAACUGUAAUUGCCGCACUCUUGACCAUUCCUCUGGUCUACCUAGAUCCUCAAUCAUUUGUUUUACCCCUCCUGGUGUGUCUACCCUGUUGCAUACCUUUGUGUCAUCUGCAAAAAGGCAUACUUUCCAUUUAAUGCCAUUUGCAAUGUCACCAAUAAAGAUAGUAAAGAGCACUGGUCCAAGUACAGAUCCCUGGGGUACUCCACUGGUAACAUUUCCCUCCUGUGACUGCACUCCAUUUACUACAACUCUCUGUUUUCUAUCCUGCAACCAGGUUCCUAUCCAUUCAACAAUCUUAGUAUCCAAUCCCAAGCUUUUGAGUUUAUUUAGCAGUCUGCGAUGUGGGACAGUGUGAAAGCCUUACUAAAGUCUAGAUAAGCUAUAUCCACGGCUCCACCUUUAUCCAUCACUUUAGUCACACAGAAACGUCAGUAAGAUUUGUGUGACAUGAUCUCCCCCCAGUGACUCCAUGCUAUGUGGGAUCCUGUAAAUUGCUGGAUUUUAGAUAAUCUACAACUCUUUCUUAUGAGUGUUUCCACCAAUGUCCCUACUACUGAUGUAAGACUCGCUGGUCUGUAGUUGUUGCCUCUUCCUGGCUUCCACUUUUGUUUUUAUAAUAAUUUUUAUUGAUGAACAUAACAUCAUUAUAUAAUACAUUGCACAGUGACAGGAGUUACACAGUUACAGAGUCAUGUGAUAAGGAAAUGCAGAUACAUAAGAACAAGACUCCGAGCAAUAACCGGAGUCAGAGUAUAGUAUACAUUAGAGGAAACUAGCUGUGUAAUAAGGUACAGAGUCAUGUGACAGGGAAAUGCGGAUACAUAAGAACAAGACUCUGAGCAGUAACCAGAGUCAGAGUAUAGUAUACAUUAGAGGACGCUAGCUGUGUAAUAAGGUACAGAGUCAUGUGACAGGAAAUGCGGAUACAUAAGAACAAGACUCUGAGCAGUAACCAGAGUCAGAGUAUAGUAUACAUUAGAGGAAACUAGCUGUGUAAUAAGGUACAGAGUCAUGUGACAGGGAGAUGCAGAUACAUAAGAACAAGACUCCGAGCAGUAACCGGAGUCAGAGUAUAGUAUACAUUAGAGGAAACUAGCUGUGUAAUAAGGUACAGAGUCAUGUGACAGGAAAUGCAGAUACAUAAGAACAAGACUCCGAGCAGUAACCGGAGUCAGAGUAUAGUAUACAUUAGAGGAAACUAGCUGUGUAAUAAGGUACAGAGUCAUGUGACAGGGAGAUGCAGAUACAUAAGAACAAGACUCCGAGCAGUAACCGGAGUCAGAGUAUAGUAUACAUUAGAGGAAACUAGCUGUGUAAUAAGGUACAGAGUCAUGUGACAGGGAGAUGCAGAUACAUAAGAACAAGACUCCGAGCAGUAACCGGAGUCAGAGUAUAGUAUACAUUAGAGGAAACUAGCUGUGUAAUAAGGUACAGAGUCAUGUGACAGGGAGAUGCAGAUACAUAAGAACAAGACUCCGAGCAGUAACCGGAGUCAGAGUAUAGUAUACAUUAGAGGAAACUAGCUGUGUAAUAAGGUACAGAGUCAUGUGACAGGGAGAUGCAGAUACAUAAGAACAAGACUCCGAGCAGUAACCGGAGUCAGAGUAUAGUAUACAUUAGAGGAAACUAGCUGUGUAUUAAGGUGUACCUGUGUAACAGCCAGAUUGUACCAUGAGGGGAACUGAAAGCUUUGUCUAAGUGUUUUACCUCAGAUGGUAAUGUGUGAAUAAAGGGUAAACGUGUCCAAAAACAUUUCCUCCCGACCUUCUUUGUUACUUGAUGUAUGUGUCCAAUCCAUAUAAAAUAGAUGAGUCUGGGUGUAAAUAGAGAAAAUGAAGGAGCGUAAUGUGCGAUCAGUUUUUUGCUGCACCCGCAAUCUUACAUAAUAAUAGUUUAUUACCACUAGUUGUCUGAUGUAUCGAUAUGUAUUAUUCAGACUGAAAUGUCCUUUAUUACAAAUAUCAAGCAAAGUAUUAAAAUAAAGGAAUAUGUGAAAAGAUAUGAAAAAUAAAGUGAA